GAGGGAGCUGAUUGCAGCCGGGUGCUGCCGGCACCUCUAUGAUCGGUGGAGCCGCGCGGGUCCCUGGGGCCGCACCGGGACAAGCAAGAGCUGCAUCCUGACACCAAGAAUGCACUGACGCCGGUUCCUGGAAGCUGGGCCCGAAACCCUGCCCUGGGAGCGACCACCAGCCCCUUGGGAUCUUGGGCCUUGGCCCUGCUGAGCAUUUGGAUCUGGACCGGAGUCUGAACAGGUUGACACUGUCCUCUACUGAAACCUGAAAAAUGGCAUCUGGGCAAGGUCCAGGUCCUCCCAGUGAAGAGUGUAGAGAGCCAACCUCCGAUUCUGAGCAGCAGGUAGCCCGGGACACGGAGGAGGUUUUCCGCAGUUAUGUUUUUCAUCGCCAUCGGCAGGAGCAGGAGGCCGAAGGGGCGGCUGCCCCUGUUGACCCAGAGAUGAUUGCCUUGCCCCUAGAACCUACCAGUACCAUGGGGCAGGUGGGUCGGCAGCUCGCCAUCAUCGGUGACGACAUCAACCGGCGCUAUGACUCCGAGUUUCAGAGCAUGCUGCAACAACUGCAGCCUACAGCCGCAAAUGCCUAUGAACUCUUCACCAAGAUCGCCUCCAGCCUGUUUGAGAGUGGCAUCAACUGGGGCCGUGUGGUGGCUCUCCUGGGCUUUGGCUAUCGCCUGGCCUUACACGUCUACCAGCGAGGCCUGACAGGCUUCUUGGGCCAAGUGACCCGCUUUGUGGCCGACUUCAUGUUGCACCGCUGCAUCGCCCGGUGGAUCGCGCAGAGAGGAGGCUGGGUGGCAGCCCUGGACUUGGGCAACGGUCCAAUCCGGAAUGUGCUGGUGGUUCUGGCUGUGGUUCUGUUGGGUCAGUUUGUGGUACGAAGAUUCUUCAAGUCAUGACUCCUGGGGAACCCUAUUGGGGUCCCAGUGGAGACUCCUGCUUGAAUUUCAGCCAAAACUCCCUCCCCUCUCCCCUGCAGGGGUCCCCACAAGAGUACAGAAGCUUUAGCAAAUGGGCAUUCCAGCAGAGGGCCCUGCCCAGGGGUCAUUCAGGUUGUACAGGUGCCCCAAUGUUGCAUGGUGCUAAUGGGCCACCUCUCUGUACCCCAUCCUGUCAGAGAGGGGCUGUAGCCUCUUCCCUCAGCUCUCUGGGACCCCCUGAGUCCUGUUUUGAAGGCGUUGGGGAGAUUGAUACCUUAGGGAGGCAAGAGGCUGGGAACCACUUCUUCCCAGGAAGUUUUAAUGGUUUUAGCUUUUUAUAAUACCCUUGGGAGGACCCAUCCCCUUUCCCACCACUCUGUCAAGGUCAGGUUAUCUAGGGUUUGGUGGUCAGUGGGUCAAACCUGUGUUUCCCAGAACUCAGCUAUUCUGGAAGAUCAGAGCCUAAGAGGUGGGACUUGAGCACAGUCCUGGCCCUCCCUAAACAUGACUCCCAGGAACAAGACUGGUUGGGCUGAGAGGGUUAAGAUCCUGUUCCACCCCCCCACCCCAUGUUGGCCUUGUUGGACUCUCAGGGAUUCUGGGCCUGGGGUGUGAGGUAGAGGUGGGGUUGGAGGUGGCAGUGUAGACUAGAAUGUUCUGAACAUAUCCAUCAGGACCCUCCAAGCCUGCCACCCACCCACCCCCAGGUCCUCUCAGUUUUUCCCCUUCCCCUCACCUGAUAACUACUUGCUUCCAACCCAGUCACUACAGAUAUAGAUACUCCCCAGGGUCCUCGGUUGAGCAGGUAUGCUGAGACCCCUCCUACCCAAAGUGCAGGGCCUAGGACUUGGUUUGUUACAAGGAAAAGGAGUAGGGAGUGUCUGAGUGGGAGAGGUCUAUACCACCAGGAGCCAUCCAGGACCUGGAAUCUCUUGGCCUGGGCACAGUGUAAUCUGAAUGGGAGAACUGUGAAUACUUGAACUCCACCCUUACCCCACCCUCCAUGCUCCUCACCUGCCUAGGCCCCUCCUGGAGGCAGUACCUUCUCUAUCUUGCACAGCCUAGGGACUUGGGAGUAAGUGGAGGGAAGUUGUUGAUUAAGCCAAAUGCAGGGAGGGGAUACAGAUAGAGAAUGCUGGCCACCUGACACCCCUGUCCUCUGACUGUGUUUGGAAAUAAACUGUGCAAUCCUCCCA